AUGUUCUGCGCCACUGGAAACUGUCAGUGCCUGUCAGAUUUUAUCGCCAUUGAAGACCACUGCUGGCCAAAGAUCAAUCCAGGGGAAGCCGGAUGUGUAGACAGGAAACAGUGUGAAGCUGUAUGGCCAGAUACCGUCUGUUCCGUUUCUGGAGUUUGUGAAUGCCCACCAGCCACAGUUCCGAGUCGCACAAGGCCUGUACUUUGCACAUCAACCUCAACUGAGACUCAGAGGUCAAAUGGAGGCGACGGAUCUACAUGGUGCGUUUAUCCAGAUGGUGAUCACGACGUGUACAUCGCUGAUAUUUAUGACUGCAUUUCACAUCCUCAGGUGUCGAGUGAACUGUUUCCGGAGUAUCACGAUACCGUGGAUGGGAUCUGUUGCCAAAAUAGAGCGUUCGUGUGCAUUCAACCUAUGGAGUCUGGUGAUGAGCCGUCUGUUCCAAGGUGGUGGUUCAACUCAGCUACGGGUACUUGUGUUCAGUUCACUUGGGAUCCAGAGACCAUCGCAGGAGCAUCGCCAAACAACUUUCGAACCGUGGAACAUUGCGAAAGCUAUUGCAGAGAUACGUGCAAACGUGGAGCCGUCGAAUUUACGAGAUCAUCAACAGCCAUUUUUGACGAGCAACCAAAAGCCGGCUGCCUUUCGUCAGCUUCCAAAUGUGGUCAUGAUCACGAGUGCGUACUGAUCGGGUCUUCACAGACUUGUUGCCCGUCUACA